ACUCAACUCAACACACUGAAGAUGAAUUGCUUUCUCCUUGUACAUUUGGUUGAGGCCUUUGAGGUGGAGACUUACAAAGCCGCGUUGGGGAAUGUGGAGCCCAGCGGUAAGGGAAGGAAGACAAAGUCCAAAGCAGACUGCUUUCUUUGGGAAACGGAGCGAGAAAAAGUCCUGCAGACCAUCACACACCUCCUCCAACUAGACAUCCGGAGACUAUGGAGCAUGUCGCUGAUCGAGGAGGAGUUUAUCAGCAUGGUAACCGGCUGCUGCUAUAAAAUGAUGGAAAAUCCAAGUAUGGGAGCUCUGAAGAACAAGCCGCUGUGG